UUAAUUAAAUGUUUGGCAAGUAAUCUUCAGUUCAUAGAUUUUCAAAAUGUCAACCAUAAGAAAUAAAAGUAGUGCAUUGUCCAACAAAUUAUAGUGUCUUUUACAAGUUAAAUUCAUUAAACUAGGUAUUUCCACACAAAAAAAAUCAUAAAACUAGGCAAUUUUUUGUAUAAGUAACACGAAUUUGGAUUUGUUGAUCUGGAUUAGUCGGUUUGUGAGUUUUUGUUAUAUUGUAUAUCAUUUGUAAAUUGAUUUUCAGUGGUAUUUCUUUCUGAGCAUCUAGUUCUGAAAUGUUAGAUUUUUAUUUUUUUGAGCAACCUGAAAUGUUAGAUUAUGCUGGUUUUAUUUGCCAUAAAAUUCUAGAAUUUUAUUUUCCGUUAAGUUUUGUUUUUGGAUUAUUUUUGGUUACUUGUAUUAGAAAAAUAAAAGGUAACAUAUAUAACACAUGAACGCCGUUUCAGGGACGUGACGUGACGCCGUAACCAAAGCAGACUGCCGUUUAAGAGACACGACGUUAACUCCCACUACCUCCCUUCAUCUUUCUCUCGAAUGCCCUGACGCGUUUUCUUUUUCUUUUUUUUUAUCAAUCAUCUCACUUAAACAUCCAAAUUUGCUAAAGAGUAACACCGAAAUAUAAACGUUAUUAAUAUAGAUAUUCAAAUACUGUUUAUCAGUUUAUAUUUAAUUUCAAAAUCAGGGAAAAUAAUCUUUAGCAUUUAGUCACAUGUAAAACAAAGCCACUCCAACUGGACCCACAUGCAGCUUUAUUUUCCAACACUUAUAUAUUUGUCGAAACACUCACAUGGAUGGACUGGAUUGCCUCAACCCAAAAUCAAACCAAUAUCCACCAAAAACAAAAUUCCCUCUCCUCUCCUCUCUUGCACACGCAGACACACAGUCUCGUCUCCUUCGAGCUUCUGCGUGAAAGAAAGAGAAAGAUGGGUACAAUAAACCAAGCAAUAAGCUUGUUUGAUGAACCACAAAACAUUAUAAACCCUAAUAAUGCUAACCAUCUAGGGCUUUUAUUCUCUUUCCCUUAUCAAACACUAUCUUCAUCUUCUCCAUUUCUAAGUCAUCACUCCUUAAACUCCUUCCUUCACAAUAAUUCCUCUUCCUUUGUUAUUAAUCCUCAAGAUCCAAUCAAUGUCAUGGCGAAUCUUCCGGAAACCCUAAUCUCGAUCUCUUCUUUAUCUUCACCAAAGCAAAGGGAUGUUCAUGAUGGUAUUGUUAAUACUGAUCAUCAUUGUCUUACCAGUGGUAUAUCAUCUCAAAGACCCUCUUUAAAUCCAUGGGCAUGGAGUAGUCAAGCAGGAUACCACGGAUACAGCAAGAAAAACAACCAUGUAACUGAGAUUGAUAAUGAUGUUGGUGAAGGUGGCGGUAUUAAUGAUCAUCAACAUCAUGAAACUCCUCCUCGUGAUAAGCAUACCACGAAGCCGUUAGGAGUAGUGCCUACCCUGAUGAUGAAGAAGCUUAAGACAAGAAGAAAAGUGAGGGAGCCUCGGUUUUGCUUCGAGACACUAAGCGAUGUUGACGUGUUAGAUGAUGGAUAUAGAUGGAGAAAAUAUGGUCAGAAAGUUGUCAAGAACACUCAACAUCCCAGGAGCUAUUACAGAUGCACACAAGAAAAGUGUAGGGUGAAGAAGAGAGUGGAGAGAUUAGCAGAUGAUCCAAGAAUGGUAAUCACUACUUACGAAGGAAGACAUCUUCACUCUCCUUCAAAUCAUCUCGACGACCACUCUCUCUCCUCCUCUCACCACUCUCCUCUCUCCAACUUCUUCUGGUGAUAUUCUGAUUUUUUUUUUAAUCUAAAACGAAUCAAUCAGUUGAUCCAAAAAAAAAAAAACGAAUCAAUCUUAGGUCGAACUAAUCAUCGAUAUAAUUAAUCAAUAUCUCCAUAAAACUAAGAAAGGGGAAAUAACAAUGUACAUGUUAUCCCUAAGAAAUAGGUAUGAUGAUGUUAUUUAAAAACAUGUGUAAUGUGUUUGUGUGGUGGUUUAGGUUUGUGUUUUGUAAUAUGACUUUUUUUUUUGAGCAACUGUAAUAUGACUUCUGUACUUUUUCAAUCUGAGGACUAUAUGUUUUAAACUAUUAUUUA